UUUUCUCUUCAGUCGUCCUCUUCUUCAUAACAAACAAACAAAGAAACGUAGAGUAACUGUAUUCUUUUCUAUCCAUGGCGAACAUUCGACUUUUUGAUAUCGUAUUGGUUUCUUCUGGGUUGUUGAUGAUGCUGUCUUAUCACUUUUGGCUUCUUUAUCGUAUCAUUAAACACCCCACUAAGACUGUCAUCGGUGUCAAUGCCAUCAACCGUCGCUUCUGGGCCCGUGCUAUGAUGGAGGACGCGUCGAAAAAUGGGGUGCUUGCAGUACAAACAUUCAGAAACAACAUAAUGGCAGCAACUGUUUUGGCAUCAACUGCUAUAAUGUUGAGUUCUGUGAUUGGUGUAUUAAUGACAGGGGGUGGUGGUAACGGUGAUCGACAAUUAUGGAUUGCAUUUGGGGACAAAACUGAAGUAUUUUUCUCCAUUAAGUUCUUCUUAAUAUUGGUAUGUUUUUUGGUGGCGUUCUUGUUCAAUGUGCAGUCAGUUAGGUACUACAGCCAUGCAAGUUUUUUAAUCAACGUGCCAUUCAAGAAGAUGUAUCAAGAUGUUCAUCAUCACCAACUCACAUCAGAGUAUGUAGCCAGCACUGUGAAUAAGGGGAGUUAUUUCUGGUCUCUGGGCCUUCGCGCUUUCUAUUUCUCUUUCCCUUUGUUCUUUUGGAUCUUUGGGCCAGUACCCAUGUUUUUGUCCAGUUUUCUUCUGGUUUUUUUGCUCUAUUUCUUGGAUGUCACUUUUGAUUUUGGACGGCCAGUCACUGCUUCUAAUAAUGGUGAUGAAGAUAAGGAUGAGGAAAUUGGGAGAGUGAAUUGAUUUUGAUGAAAUAGCUGAAGAAAGAAGGGAAGACCAAUUCAUAUUCAAUCUUGGUUGAAUGGAAUUGGUUUUUUUUCCUUGGCAACUUAAUAAGAGUAGCAUUUUGAAAUUGAAGUUGUUCAAUGCCUUUUCUCUUUAGAUGCUUUGCAAAAUUCCAUUCAACUCCUGUAU